GGAACACUCACGGGAUUCUAUCGUUCCUGUGCCACCCGAACUUGGACUUGUACCGGAACACAAAACCCCUCAGGACCUAUUUUUCCUUACAAAAAUUAGCCAUUCCAUUGUCGGAAGCGUUUGGGUCCGUGCCAGCGUUCGAGUCACAGAAGCCGAUCCAUUUCUUGAUAUUUAAAUUUAACUUUUAUAGAUGGCUCCCGUUCGUCGAAGCAAGAAGCCACCUCCUGAAGGUUGGGAUUUGAUCGAACCAACCAUCGAAGAGCUCAAUCGCAAAAUGCGAGAAGCUGAGACAGAUCCACAUGAAGGAAAACGAAAGGUUGAAGCCGAAUGGCCUAUAUUUCGCAUUCAUCACAAAAGAUCCCGGUUUAUAUAUGAGCUUUAUUACAAACGAAAAGCGAUUUCUAAGGAAUUGUACGAUUAUUGUAUCAAAGAAAAAAUCGCGGACGGAAAUCUGAUAUCCAAGUGGAAGAAACAGGGUUAUGAGAAUCUUUGUUGCCUGCGUUGCAUUCAGUCCAGAGACACCAACUUCGGCACCAAUUGCGUCUGUCGUGUACCUAAAGCAAAAUUGGAGGAAGGCAAGGUCGUAGAAUGUCAAAGUUGUGGAUGCCGUGGUUGCUCUGGAUGAACAUACUAACGAUUCCGUUGUUGUUUCAAGUCUCUCAAAGUGUUUUAUGUCACGUGCACUUGCUUUCAUCUUUCAGAUUUCAUAUUAACGAACGCUCCAUACAACCAGUGACCUAUCACUUGCUCUUGUACAAACUUUCAUGAGGUUGUUGGUCAUGUAUUAACUUGCUAGGACCGAUGGAAGUACCCUGGUUUACGUCACCGUUGUCAUGUAAACUAUCCACGUGGAAGGCGAACGACUUUUCUUCAUCGAGGCCCAUUCUCCUCACUUGGUACAUCAUUUCCAUGCCAUCCAUGAAGUUAAGGGUCCAUCGUAUACUGUUUGAUGGAUCUAUGCUCCAGUGGUUAUGGAAUGUUUUCUGGACUCGUAAGGGAAUCCGUAAUCUGGCGAUUUGGAGGACCUCUGUUGCUAUGGUUGCGAAAUUCUUGAUGUAAUGGUUUAAGGCCUUCGUUGUGCAAGGUUUCAGGUUCUGUAUAAUAAUAAUAAUAACACCCCUGCUUCCCGG